AUUCCAAAAAAAAAAACCAAUUUCAGGCUCAACUCAAUUCUACAUGCUUCUCUGCAGCCGUUCCAAUUUCUGUCGACAAGGUUCAAUGGGAGAAUAUUUUGUAUUCCGGUUGCUUCCCAGCCGUCAAGAACACCCCAAAAUGUGAUGAACGUACUAUUCGUGAUUUCUGUGUUUCAAAGUCUGGAAAAUUCGAAUUCGAGGAGAAACUUUUGAUCGUUAUGUUACGUAAAUAAUUAUUUGAUUUUGUUAUUGAAUGUUUGUCUGCAGGGUUCACUUUCCCUAGUUGGUCCAAUGAUUGGAUUUUAUGAAUAAACUCACGUACUCUGAUCUUCUCUUUAGAUUUCUGUAUUCUGUUCCUUGUUUCAUUCAUUGAUUCUAUUAAAAUGUUCGAUCAUUUGGAUCUUAAUUUACUUCCACUUGCGAUCUUCUUUAUUUUUUGUUCAACUAUUGGAGUGAUUGGAAAUUUAAUUAUGAUAAUAUGCUGCUCUGUUACAAAAAGACUUCAUUCUCCUUGUUAUUUUUUAAUAUCACUAACAUGCCUAAUUGAUGCAUUUCAUAUUAGUGGGCAAUUUCCAUUCCUCAUUGAAUAUUUCACAGGAAUCACAUCGAGUCAAUCAGAAUGCUAUUUUAUUCUGAUUCUUCCAAUCGUUGGAUAUUGUGCAGGUGGUCCAUUGAUUCUAGCGAUGGGAAUUGAUCGGUUCAUUGCUGUCAAAUUUCCAACAUCGUAUCGGUAUUAUCAGCAGGCUUCUGUAAAAUAUCUUUCAAUACAGUUGGUGUUCCCCAUUUUCUACACUCUAUUUUUUCUUGUCUUCGGAUUUUUGGAAAGAGAUUCAACAAUGCAAAUAACAUGUGCAAACCCGCUUGCGCUUAAUGGCCCUUCUUUUCAAUGGUAUAAUUAUACAUGCGCAUUUAUUUAUUUUGGAAUACUUUUUGUCUACAUAAAAGUCUACGUUCUUCUAAAGUUUAACAAAACAAGCUCUCGCUUCAAAGCUGUAUUUCGCUCAAUCCUAGUAACUACAAUGUUGAUAUAGCUCAUUUGAUUCAAACUUAUGCAGGAAUUACUGUCAACUUUGCAGCCGCAUCGAACGUAUUCGUUUUCUAUUCAAUAAAUUCCGAAUAUCGUGAAGCUAUCCGUGCCUUAUUUGGACAAUCCAAGAAAAUCGGAGCAAUUCACACCGAGACAUCUACAUCUCAAGAAGUGGUUCAUAAUUCAAAACGAUCAAAGUCUGUUUCUAUAUUAUCAAUGCCCAAGUUUGUCUCAUCAUCUAAAUUAUCUUCCACAAAUCCCAGAAGAAUGACACUUGUUUGAUCUAAUUUUGCUUUGACCACUUCAUCUUUGUGUAACCAUGUGAGCUCCGCCCUUUCUCAUUCGCGUUUUCCCAUGUGAAUAUUUGGGAUGGCUGAUAGUGUUGCUGAUGUUGAUUUGAGCUAUAAACUACAUUCUAUAAAAAUCUUUUCGAUCUUCUCAAACUGUUUCAUUUCUGCUCAAAAUGUUUGAUUAUAUUGACCCACUUAUUCUCCCACUCGGUUUCUUUUUCUUCUUCUGUUCUGUGAUUGGAGUUAUUGGAAAUGUUAUUAUGGUUAUUUGUACUAUUAGAACAAAGUUAGUUUUUUUUUGAAUAAUAACAUAAAUAUAAAUUAAAUUCAAGACG